CCGACGUUUUCCUUCGUGCACCAACAGCCCUGAGCUCACUGUUCUCUGUCUGGGCUUUGCCGUCUUUCAAACCUCCAAGCAUGCCUCAAACUGGGCAUCUCCGACAAGAGUGGGACACAGAGCUGUCACCACCACCACCGGAAGACUGGGAGUCGGAGGCUCGAGAGUGGGAGUACGUUGGUAUAGUGGGUGAGGCAACGGACUCAUAUUGGAUGAAGAGGUGUGUCCCAUCACUGCUUAUAUACUUACACGGUCUGAUUUCUGUUCUUAGCUAUGAGGUGAAAUGGAAAAACUGGCAACGUAAUGAUGCCAUGGGCACCAAUACAACCUGGCAAAGGUCAAGUGUGGACAUGAAGGAUGAAGAGCGCUUCUGGGACAGGGAGCGUGCUGAUGAACGUGCAGUAGAAGCUAAGGAGAGCUUGGACUUGAAGAUUGGGCUUGAACCUGACCAGCCCUGGCACGAUGACAUCACACAUGAAGUCCAGAAUGCAUAUGUGGAGAAGGCCAUUGAGUCCAGGCGCAGAGGCUCUAGGGAGUACUAUGGCAACUGGGAGGAGAUUGUUCAUAUCACUGAGGGGGACAGUGAUGAUGACCAGCAUGAUGGUGAAAGUGCUAGGUCAGCCAGCCCUGAGAUACAGGAGGUCCAGAGGAACCUGUGCAGAGAGCUACAGACCAAGUGGAACCAGGCAAUAAGACUUGCUGGGGCUGCUGCUCUGGACAUUAUCUCAAGCCCAGAUGAACAGAUCCCACCAGGUCUAGAGGAUUUUGAGUACUGUGAGAACCACUAUGUGAGGGCUGAGGGUGUUGACCAUCCAGAUCCCACUGCAUUCCUUGUUGGUUGUGAAUGCCACCAGGGUUGCAAGAGGAUUCAGAGUUGUGAUUGCCAAGCUGGUUCUGAUAUGGUCAAUGAAGCUGGUGAAAGGCAAUAUGCUUACAAUAGUGAGCAUAUCUUCAAGUUCAACCUUUCUCCUGGUGUUGAGGUUGUUGAAUGCAACAGUCUUUGCAAUUGCCCUGAUACUUGUCAGAACCGUGUUGCACAAAGGCCAAGGGAUGUCCCAAUGGAGGUCUUCCAUACUGGUGACCAUGGCUGGGGUGUAUGUGCAACAGUACAGCUCCCAGUGGGCAAGGUCCUUGGGAUCUAUACAGGGAAUCUGAUACACCGCAGAGAUGCUGAAGGCCUGUCAGAAGAGCACAGGUCAUACAUCUUUGACCUUGAUGCCCAUGAAAUGGAAGAUGACACCAGCAACAUGCAACAAUACUCUGUAGAUUCCUUCCAUCAUGGCAAUUGGUCCAGAUUCAUCAACCAUUCAUGUGAGCCAAACAUGAAGGUGUACCCAGUAAUAUGGGACACUGUAGCAGAACUGAAUCAACCAUACCUCGCAUUCGUCACGACAAAGCAGGUACCAGCUCGUACUGAGCUGACUAUUGACUACAACCCGAAGGACACAGCCACAUACAGUUACAAUAAGUCGAAGGGCAAGUCAAGAAUCCCCAAGGGCGCAAAGCCGUGCAAAUGUGGCACGGAGAAAUGUAGGGGGUGGGUCACAGUAUAGGUUUGAAGAUGUGUACUCUUGUCUUUAUAUAAUGUAUCACUCAUGGCAAUCGUGGAGCCUUCAUGUCUGUUGGAGUGUGCCAACGCUCUCUGACUCACAGUAACACUAUAUCACAAA